UAAGGAUGAAGAUGCCCAUCUUUUGAUAACGAUCCACUUACCAUCAUCUUCUUUGCUGCUGCUGCUCCUCCUCCUCCUCGUCCUCUUCCGUUCUUUCCAUUCUUCUUGCUUUUCUGCAGUCACUUUACUUUUGAGCAAAUAUUCUCCCUUUUUUUCCUUACUUUACUUUAUCAUAAUCUGUAAAUUCGACCGCUCUCGAUAUCAAAAUGGGGAUUGUGGGAGCCGUACGAUGUGGCGUAUAAAAUAGUGUUUGACCAAUAAAAUAACGAAAAUCUUGGGGGGUCGCCCCUGUAGCAAAAGGAAAAAAAAUAAUGGUGUGGCAAUGAUGAGAAGGAUGGACACCGGUGGGCGCAGGAUAAGCACGUGGGCUUCGCUUUUCCAUUAGCACGCUCUCCGGGACAAAGGUAGAAUAUCUGCAGUGAAUGAUUGUGGUCGGUUUCCCCUUCUUGGGAGUGCCACGAAUCCAGCAUUUUCGGGGGGGGCAAAAGAAGCAGACAAUUCACAGUUUGUUGAAGUCCAGGGUCGUUGCUUCGGCCAUUUAAUUUCGAGUUGGCUUGCUGAGUUGGGAAUUCAUCGAAUCCAAGCAACAUGAGAGAGUGGACUUGACUCUGGUUUGGUCUCCACAAGCUCUCUCUCUCUCUCCUUUGGCUGGAGGGAGUCUCAGAUUGAGUCUUGUGCAGCAUCGGGAGUAGCAGAGUCUCCAGGUCCUCACAUCUUGUUGCGUACUCUUAAUUGGAUGAUCGAGUGAAAGCUAGAGGGAGGAUUUAGAGUAACAAGUGAAAUCAUGAAGUUUAUGAAGCUCGGAUCUCGGCCGGACACUUUUUAUACUAGUGAAGCAGUGAGGUCAGUGUCUUCUGAAGUGUCCAGUGACCUCUUAGUACAAGUGAAGGGAAGCAGAUAUUUGCUCCACAAGUUUCCCCUGCUCUCCAAGUGCUUGCGAUUGCAGAGACUCUGCUCGGAGUUGCCUGAAUCAUCGCAGCACCAAAUAGUCCAACUUCCCGAUUUCCCGGGUGGUGUUGAGGCGUUCGAGCUGUGCGCCAAGUUCUGCUAUGGGAUCACCAUCACUCUAAGUGCCUACAACAUCGUUGCUGCUCGAUGUGCCGCUGAGUACCUCCAGAUGGCUGAGGAUGUCGAGAAGGGCAAUCUGAUAUACAAGAUUGAGGUCUUCUUCAAUUCAUGUCUUCUCCACGGUUGGAGGGAUUCAAUUGUGACUCUGCAGAGCACCAAGGCCUUCCCUCUGUGGUCUGAAGACCUCGGAAUCUCCAGCAGAUGCAUCGAGGCAAUUGCGAGCAAAGUCCUGACGAACCCGUCGAAGGUUAGUCUAUCUCAUAGUCACUCCCGUCGAGGCCGAGACGAUAUGUCGUGUAACGGAGCUGAGAGCCAGAGGCAUAGAUUGGCCGCGAAGGGUUGGUGGGCUGAAGAUCUAGCCGACUUGGGGAUCGACCUAUAUUGGAGAACUAUGAUAGCCAUAAAAUCCGGAGGAAAAAUACCCUCCAAUUUGGUCGGCGAUGCCCUGAAGAUUUAUGCGGUUCGGUGGCUGCCGAACGUAUCGAGAGCUGGGAAUGCGAAGAAGCAAGCCGUAUCCGACUCAGAUUCGGACUCUAACAGUGAAGAGCUCACUUCGAAAGACCGGCUUCUUCUGGAGUCCAUAAUUAGCUUGCUUCCUGCAGAGAAAGGUGCGGUUUCAUCCAGCUUCCUGCUGAAGCUCUUGAAGGCAGCAAACAUCCUAAACGCGUCUUCUUCUUCGAGAAUGGAACUGGCCAAGAGAGUGGGGCUCCAACUGGAGGAAGCGACGCCGAACGAUCUCCUAAUUCCUAAUCUGUCGCAAGCGAACGAGAAACUGUACGAUGUGGACAUAGUGAUGACAAUUGUGGAGCAGUUUAUGUUACAGGGUCAGAGUCCCCCGACUAGCCCUCCGAGAUCGAAGCUCGUGUGCGAGAGGAGGAGGUCUCGGUCGGCCGAAAACAUCGAUAUCGAGUUUCAGGAAAGCAGGAGGUCGUCUUCAGCAUCGCACAGCUCAAAGCUGAAGGUAGCAAAGAUCAUUGACAAUUACUUGCGAGAGAUCAGCCGCGAUGUUAAUUUGCCGCUGGCAAAGUUCGUAGCUCUGGCCGAAGCGGUCCCGGAAUUCGCAAGGGUAGAUCACGAUGAUCUUUACCGAGCCAUCGACAUCUAUCUCAAGGCACACCCGAAUCUGAACAAGAGCGAAAGGAAGCGUCUGUGCCGAAUCCUGGACUGCAAGAAACUAUCCAUGGAAGCCUGCAUGCACGCAGCGCAGAACGAGCUCUUGCCUCUGCGGGUGGUGGUGCAAGUCCUCUUCUUUGAGCAGGCACGAGCCACGAUGGCGAGCGGUAAGGUCACUGAGCUCCCGAGCAACAUCAAGGCACUCCUGGCAGCGCACGGCCUCGACUCCUCCAGGCCUCCAGCACCAUUGAGCACCACGACUAGCAUCACCCACGAGGACCAGUGGAGCGUCUCGGGCCUGAAGUCUCCUAGCAAAUCAAAGCUCUCGACGUUGAAGAUGAAACUGGCUGAGGAUGACGACUUGGACGACAACGAUGACACGCAACAGGACAGAAUGUCCAGGAAUUCUCUUGUCAAGGCUUUCUGCGCAAUCCCGGCGCGGCCCAAGAAGAUGUUCAGCAAGUUUUGGUCCAACAGUAGAACUACUGCCAAUGAUAAGAACUGAGUGAAGAAUGAAAAUUUUUUUGGGUCUUUCUCCAUUUUGGGGAUGACCCUCAUGCACGCGUCCCUCUUUGUUUGGACUUUGCAGAGCCCCCUGAAACUGGGCACCUCGAAUUCAAUUCAUUUCAGUCGGUUGCUGUCUCUUUCUGUAUCGACCUUUCUUUGUCACCACAAAGUACUGUCAUUUAUCGGUCCUGCUGACAAGCAAAGUGGUAUUCCUGGGAAGUUCAGAACAGGCUGUUCGGUCCAUAUCUAGCAUGGGUGGUGAGGAGGACUUUUUCGUAAUACAAGAGGGCCGGGAAGGAUGCAUUUCCGGUGAAUCAGUUAUCGUGCCCAUGAUAAACACUGAGUAGCCAAUGGCGGGCAGGGGGAAAAGCAGAGAUGAGAAUGUUGAACUUAGGAGGUUAAUAUGGCUAAAGCUUUUGUCCCAAGCCACCAAUCAUUUUGUCAAGUUAGAUUGGUUACACGUAAUUGAACUCCUAAAUUAUAUAGUGUACCAGUUUAGUAAAGUCGAGCAACCAGCAA